AUGCUCGCACCAAGGACUGGGCGACAAGCACUGCGACGGGCAUUGGCCUCCAACCCCUCUCCAACCAUUACACUGCCGGGCUUCCUCGUCCCGGCUUUCCAGACAAGACGAACUUUCUCGGCGACGACACACCGGCCCUCCAAGCUCGGGAGGACACCGCUCUCAGUGCCGCCUGGCGUGGAACUUACGAUCAGCGACCCAUUUAUCAAGAAGGAUAUGACCUCGUACCUGAAGACACAUACGCGGACGAUCACAGUAACCGGGCCGUUGGGAAAUUUGGAGCUCGAGAUCCCCGACUACAUCAAUAUCAAUCAUGACGCUGCAGCGAGGAAGGUGGAGUUGAGCGUAAAGGACCGGGACGAGACGAACCAGAACCGGAUGUGGGGGCACACGGCCGUCCUCCGUCUAGUCGGUAUCGGUUACAGGGCAACGAUCGAGCCCCGGCCCGCAAAGGCGGAAUACCCCGAUCAACAGUUUGUCUGCCUAAAGCUGGGCUUCUCGCAUCCAGUGGAGAUGGGCCUGCCCAAGGGCAUGAAGGCCAGCGCGCCGCAGCCGACCCGCGUGCUCCUCGAAGGCAUCGACAAGGAACAGAUCAUGCAGUUCGCCGCCGAUAUCCGCAGGUGGAGAGUGCCGGAGCCGUACAAGGGCAAGGGUAUCUUCAUCAACGACGAGACUAUCAAGCUCAAGCAAAAGAAGAUCAAAUAG